CGCGCGAUCUUCGUGCCGAAAACACGUUUCUCCCGAAUGUUCGUGUGUAAUCUGCAAGUUCGUGCGAUGUUCAAGAGAUCAGUCAUUAAUAAAAUUAUACACAAAAAUCACUAUCGAUGAUUAUAUGAUACAUUAUAUUUAAUUGUGCAAAAGUGUAAAACAAUCUAACUUAAAACAAGGAUAAUUUUAACAAUCGUCUCGAAUUGAAACGUAAGACGAAGAAGACAAGUUAAAGUAAAAGUCCGGCAGUAAAUAUUUAUGUUAAUUUUCAUUCGUAUUGCGAGAAAUGUAUGCUCAACCGGGAUGUAAUGUGAACGACGGAUUGUGAUUUCGAAUGCUCAUCAGAAGACAAUUAGCCGCAUAUCUACAUGCUAGUGAAUUAAUCAUGCCGACAGUAUCCGUUUAAACGCUGUUAUUAAUUCAACUAUUCGCAAGCAGAUGAUACGGUAUAUGGUAUAUGGUGUAACGCAAACGCAUAAAUAGGUAAAUUUAUCAGGUAAUUAAGGAUAAUUAUCUGAUAAAUUAACGACGAAAUAAAUCGCGUUAGGUAAAUUGUAAUAUUAAAGAUGAUACAAGUAACAAAUAAGAAGAAUAUUUUAUAUUGGGUAAACAUCGAGUAUUUUACACAAGACGAAAAAAUUAAUAAUAACCGGUGAAUAGAAAAUACGUCCAAGAUCUAACAAUAUUUAAAUUAAUUUUUUAUGCGCGCGUCAUGUAAAUUAAUUUCUCGCCCGUAUUAAACAUUAACAAUAUGUGAGAUGCAUUGCGCUAAUUGAACAUUAAAUAUUUAUUGCGCGAAAUUUUUAAAUGAAUUAGUAAAAAUUGUGUUAACCACAGGUAAUUUUUACAUUUAGACAUAUAUUUAUCUUUCCGCGCUGAUUCUCGUACAUUGAAGGUGUCGGCGUUCCGGAUAUUACACAUUACGUGCUUAUGAUGCGAAAUGUGUGAUAUUAUAUGAGACUAUAUUUUACGGACGACACAUGGCGCGUUUGAUGUCGGCUUUCGAGCAUCAUGGUAUAUCGUGAACACUUUAAUUAAUGAAGUCUUGUAAGGCGGAAGCAUACGAACAAUUAACGCGACGUACACGUUGACGUUUAUGUCAUAGUAUCUAUGAUAUUCGCGCGUCAUUCACUGCGGCGAUAAAUGUUAUAUGACACAUAUGGAAUAGAGUAUUUGUAUUUAACCACAUGAGACUAUUUACACGUAAUGUCAAUAAUGUAAUUAAUUAAUUUCAAAUUGACUUCGUUAUUGCACUUGAAAUAAACUGUGAUCAAUAUCAUCUGGCUCUCUCUCUAUCAUCUGGAUAUGGACUGCUCUUAGAAAUCACGAUGUCUUACAACAUACGCACGGCGAAACAGAAAUUAUCUAUGGAUCGAGGGUAAACGUCAUGGCGAAUCAAACGGCUGAUUACCAUGAGGACAUUUACCAAUGGAACCAUACAGUAUCGGCGGACGAAGGAGAUACAGAUACGGGAUAUUACCUACCCAAUUGGACCGAUCUUAUUCUAGCAGGAUUGUUCACGAUGCUGAUCAUUGUUACUAUAGUUGGCAAUACUCUAGUGAUCGCGGCUGUAAUUACUACGAGGAGAUUACGGUCCGUGACUAAUUGUUUUGUGUCUAGCUUGGCUGCCGCGGAUUUACUAGUCGGUUUAGCAGUGAUGCCUCCAGCUGUACUGUUACAGCUUACAGGAGGGACUUGGGAGUUGGGCGAAAUGCUGUGCGAUUUCUGGGUCUCUCUCGACAUCCUACUUUGCACGGCCAGCAUCCUCUCGUUAUGCGCCAUAUCUAUAGACAGGUAUCUGGCCGUAACUCAGCCGCUGAUAUACAGCCGUCGACGCAGAAGCAAACGACUGGCCGGGUUGAUGAUCGUCGCUGUAUGGAUCAUGGCCGGCGCUAUAACGAGCCCGCCUUUACUGGGUUGUUUCCCGCGCGCGACUAACCGCGAUGUCAAAAAGUGCUCCUACAAUAUGGAUUCGUCCUAUGUAAUAUUUUCGGCGAUGGGCAGCUUCUUCCUGCCCAUGCUGGUAAUGCUGUAUGUGUACGGCAGAAUUUCCUGCGUUAUAGCGAGCAGGCACAGAAAUCUGGAGAAGACCAACGAGGGGGACAACGUCCGAUCACGUCGUAAAAUCACGAUUGAUCGUGGCCGGAGCAUUAAGGCGCAACGUACGGAUUACCCAGAAAGCGGUAUGACGUGCGACAGGCCAUCCGAGGAUACCGAACUAACAAAUAUGUGCAAAAAGUUGGGUACAAUUCGAGGUAAUCAGCAAAGCUGCAUCAACAGGGUCGCCAGGGAAACGAAAACUGCGGGCACCCUGGCGGUGGUUGUAGGUGGUUUCGUCGCAUGCUGGCUGCCGUUUUUCAUUCUGUAUCUGGUAACACCCUUCGUGCCCGUGCAACCACCGGAUGUCCUCAUGCCAGCCUUGACAUGGCUAGGAUGGUUCAACUCGGCCAUCAACCCAUUCAUUUACGCUUUCUAUUCGGCAGACUUCAGAUUAGCUUUCUGGCGACUAACAUGUAGGAAAUGUUCGAAGAGUAGGCUGAACUUGGAUGGCACGAAUCGGAAAUUACCCGCUUCGGUUAACUGGAAGAAAGAUACGUCGAGGACGUGAAGUUCUCCGUACAGUUUCAAACUUAUUCAAUUAUGUGGCGUCCGGUAUUAGAAUGACUGUGGUUGACUCGGGUUCAUUCACAAUUGCAGUGUAUGAAGGCAUGUGUGAGAGUACGUAUGUUCUUAGUCUUAUAUCCAAGCUUAUAGGCUUAGAAACAAUCAAUAGUUCUUUUAUGCGAUUUUAUAAAAUACAAAUAUUUCACUAUGCGUUUACGCACAAUACUUUCGGAUACGCGUAAAUUCGAAACUUGCAUAAAUAAUUAUUCUCUCUCUGUGUGUAAUGUGCAAUAAAAUUGGAACAUUAUGGUUUUGUUAAAUUAGUCUUGAAAUUAUGCUCAAUUAAAUUGUAUUUUACAAAGUUUUUACAAGCUUUUGUAACUUUUCCAAUAAAUUCCAUCGGAAGAUAAAUAUAUUGCAAAAACGUAUAUUUUUAUGCGUUUAGUGUAUACAUGCAGUUUGUCAAGAUUAUAUUAAAAGUAAUUUAACAUCGCAUACAGUAGGUUUAGUAAUUAUGAGUUAUAUUCAUAUAAUUAUGAAUUAUAUGAAUAAGUUCAUAUAAAAAUGUAUAAAUAAACUUGACUGAAGGAAUAAACUCGAAGCAUGUAGCGAAUUCUUCUGAUAAGUACAUGACAAUUCGAAAAUAAAAAAUAGAAAAGUUAUGAACAGUUUAUGAUAGUAUUACACUUAACAGUAGUUAGUUUCGUAGGAAAAGCAAUGUGCGACUGACACUUAAUCUGUGAUCAAUAUCGAAGUCUCAUUAUCGCAUUUAUUCGUGAUAUUUGUAUACGAGAAAUAAGAGAUUAAAAAUAUCUUUUCUUAGUCGUGUUGUUGUACGUACACUCUCUUCCAUAUCUCCUUAAAUAUCAUGCGGAUAAUAUGAAACUUUACGUAUAUACUUUAUUUUUUGUAGUUUAUAUCUUCGAGGAAAAGUUGCUACAUGCAUCGAAUGCUUCAACAUACUUUUAGUAACGCUAAGUACGUGAUAUUAUUGUAAUAAUUUAUUUAUGAUUAUUAAUAGACGGCAUAAAAUAACUGCAAAACAUAAAACAUACUUAGUUAUGUGGACUUAUAAAUGCGAAUGUAGAGUAGAAAUUUAUAAACAUAAUUAUAUUUUAGAAGAUAUGUAAUUAUAUUUUAAGAAUAUAAGGUAAAAACUUAUUAAUCUAAAUUAUAAACUUAUGCAUAAUAGGUACUAUUAUUCAAAUAGAUAUUAGUUAAUUGGUAGACACUGUCACAUAAAUUUCAUUAUGUAACUUCAUCAAUCGUUGAAGACUGUGUAGAUAUUGUACGUAAUAGAUUUUGCUGGAAAAUAAAAGGCCGAUACGAUGUCUGUUUUUAAUUCGUUAUUAAUAUAUAUAAUUUUAAGUUAUCAAAGUAUCUUAUUAGUUAUUUUGUUACACACACACACACACACACACACACACACACACACACACACACACACACACACACACACACACACAAACUGAUUUAUCUAAUAUAUACAUGUAUAUGUUUAAGUCAUUAUGUGUCAAUGCUAAAUAUACAUAUAUUGAUUCUAGUCAAUAAGCAAUUUUGCUUUGUAUAAAAAAGAAUUAUAAAGAUAUAAACAAACCAAAAUAAAAAUCACGUAUUAAUUAAUAUGUAUUAUUUAUUAAAAUAUGUAUAUAAGUUUUAUGAUGUGUUAGUAUUAAAGUGUAAAUUAUAUUAUAAUUAUUACAGAUAUCAUUAAUAAUCUUUUACUAAAAAAAGAAUUACUCUCUUCUUGUUAAAACAAAAAUACUUGUAGUUUAUUAUGGAUAUAUCGUACUUAUGCACAUAUCAUAUUACAUUAAAAUUAUAUACAUAUAUAAUUAUAAUACUACGUUAUUUUAUUUUAAACGUUAUGUUCAAGUUAAGGAUGCAAUGUUAAUAAAAUAAAACACACAUUUAAGUGUAAAGAGAAAAUUUUACAAUUGUGCAAGCAUUUCUAAUGAUAAAAAUGUUUUGCUACACAAGUAACACAUAAAAACAAUUAUGUAAAUGAUAAGAAACGCAAUAUGUGCAACACAUAUUUAAUUAAACAUACAGUUUUACUCUAAGAUAACGGAAUUAUGUCAUCAAACUUAAACUUAAUGCCAUUACAUAAUUAUAUGUCUUUCUCUCUCUCUCUCUCUCUCUCUCUCUCUCUCUCUCUGCGCGUUACACAAAUU